CUACUUUCACUCAGUAAAGUCCAAAAGUUCUAUUUUGACUUGUUUUUCCAAAAUAUCUUGGUGUAUGAUGGAGUAAGCGAUCCAUGCAUUGUAUCAUUUAUUGGAUAUUCCCCAUAGAAUCAUGAUGCGUGCCAGUCAAGUUCUCCGCACAAAGACUUUGCGUCAUCAUCUAGAUAAGCAUACCCAAAAUGUUGCUAUGGCAACCACAAGUCAACGCCGUGAUAAGAGCACCAAAGCUGUCAUAUUUGACAUGGGAGGAGUCAUUCUCCCCCCUCCCUUCAAAGUGUUCUUUGAUUUUGAGGCCCAGAAUGGUUUACCACAGGGAAUCAUACUGAAGACAAUUGUUGCUAGUGGAGAGACAGGGUCUUGGGCAGCACUCGAUCGGGGAGAACUAACAGCUGAAGAUUUUGGGAAGCCUUUCAGUGAAGAGGUCUCCAAACAGCUUGGUCGGCAAGUUACUGUGAAUAUGCGUGGUAUUAUAGACAAAUUCGCAGGUCUAGAGAGAGGAGCACCAAUCCCAGCUAUGGUUGAUGCUAUAAAUUGUAUCAAUGCUGAAGGUGUAAAAACAGCACUUUUGACCAACAAUUGGAAGAUCAAUGACACUAAGAGCCACUGCCCUGUAGAUAAAGAUAUGUUUAAUGUUGUGAUAGAAUCAUGUAAAGUGGGUAUGCGUAAACCAGACCCAAGGAUCUAUGAGAUGUGUUUAGAAAAACUAGGAGUCAAAGCUGAAGAGUCUGUCUUCCUUGAUGAUAUAGGAUCUAAUCUGAUACCAGCGCAGAAAAUGGGAAUUCAAACCAUUAAGGUGUCUGGACCAGAACAAGCACUUGGGGAAUUGGAAGCGAUCCUAGGUUUCCCAUUGAGGGGCUAUGUAGAUGGGACAAUCGCUGUACCAAAGAGACUAGAAUUAGAAGUAGAUAAACUGAAAGAAUAUCUUAGGCAGGUCCUAGGAGCCAAAUACAACACAACAAAUUUCACAGACGAAGCCAACAUUAGAUGUUAUAAACAUGGCCAAUCUAAUCCCACAUACUUUGUUGGCUAUGGAGGCAAGAGAAUGGUGCUACGUAAAAAACCUCCAGGUAAGCUACUGCCCUCUGCCCAUGCUGUAGAGAGGGAGUACAAGAUAAUGGAUGCCCUAGGUUCACAAGGGGUCCCUGUUCCUACCAUGAUUGGUCUUUGUGAAGAUAGUAGUGUGAUCGGGACGCCAUUCUACGUAAUGGAGCAUAUGCCAGGACGUAUAUUCAAAGACCCACUUUUGCCAAACAUGGAACCAAAAGAGCGCACCGCCAUCUAUAAUGCCAUGUGCGAGGUGUUAGCUAAAAUUCACAAAGUUGACAUCAGCAAGGCAGGACUUGAUGACUAUGGCAAAAAAGGUGGCUAUGUUGCCCGUAACUUCAAGAGAUGGGCCAAGCAGUAUGAAGCAAGUAAGACCCAUGAAAUACCUGCCAUGGAUAAUCUAAUGAAAUGGAUACCUGAAAACAUGCCAAAGGAUGAAAUGAUCACCAUUGCCCAUGGAGAUUUCAGGCUUGACAAUCUGAUAUUUCACCCAACUGAACCCAAGGUCGUUGCCGUCCUUGAUUGGGAGCUCUCCACUAUAGGAGAUCCGUUAACUGACCUCGCUACAAACUGCAUGGCGUAUUAUUCACCACAAUCUUUUGGGGCAUUCCCAGCGUUACGAGGCAUGGCCGGUAUGGAUCUCAAGCCGCUAGGAAUACCAGAUGGCGAUGAAUAUACACGUAACUAUUUUGGCCUGAUGGGAUAUAAGGCAAUACCGAGUAUGAGCUUUUACAAUGCCUACAAUUGUUUCCGACUGGGGGCUAUCAUCCAAGGGGUCUUCAAAAGAGCGAAAAGUGGACAGGCCAGUUCUACAGACAGUGAACAAGUCGGGGCUCUCGCUGAGUUCAUUGCUACUAUAGGUUGGGACAUAGCCUGUAAAGACACCAAUAGCAUAAAUAGCAAUAACAACAAUAGCAAUUACAACAAUAGCAACAACAACAAUUUAGAUCACCCUAGCAACAUGGCACAACAAGGCAUGGCUACAACUGUCAAGGACUUAUCCCCUCAGGCACAAGAUAUCUACAAACGUGUUGAAGCAUUCAUCGAGAAACACGUAGCUCCAGCUGAAGAACCUAUAGGCAAACAUGGCACCGCCCUGGUUUGGCCUGAUAAAUGGGAUGUACACCCUCUAGUAGAAGAACUCAAGGCUAAAGCAAAGGCUGAGGGACUUUGGAAUCUUUUCCUACCAGUGGAGACAGACAAGGGGCGAUUUGGUGCUGGUCUCACCAACUUAGAAUAUGCCUUUGUCUGUGAACUUAUGGGAAAGUACCCAUUGUCAUCCGAGGUGUUUAACUGUUCUGCCCCAGACACUGGGAAUAUGGAAGUAUUGGCAAGAUAUGGCACACCUGAGCAGCAGAAACAAUGGCUCACACCCCUACUAAAUGGUGAAAUAAGGUCAUGUUUUGGAAUGACAGAGCCCAAUGUUGCCUCAUCUGAUGCUACAAACAUUGAGGCUUCAAUAAAGAAUGUGGGAGAUGGUUACCUCAUCAAUGGGCACAAAUGGUGGACUUCAGGUGCUAUGGACCCAAGAUGUAAAGUGUGUAUAUUUAUGGGAAAGACGGACACUGGAGCUGCCAAGCACAGACAACAGAGUAUGAUAAUUGUCCCUAUGGAUGCCCCUGGUGUGAAGAUAAUUCGCCCAUUGACAGUUUUCGGCUACCAUGAUGGACCACAUGGACAUGCUGAGGUGAUCUUUGAAAAUGUAAAGGUUCCCCUGGGAAAUAUGCUACUCGGAGAAGGCAGAGGAUUUGAAAUUGCUCAAGGAAGGCUAGGACCGGGGCGAAUACAUCACUGCAUGAGAUUGAUUGGAAAUGCAGAAAGGGCCCUUGAACUAAUGUGCAAUAGGGUGAAAGACCGUAUAGCAUUUGGUAAACCUAUAGGAGCCCAGGGAACUAUACAGGCUGAUAUUGCCCAGAGUCGUAUUGAGAUUGAGCAGACAAGGCUAUUGGUUUUGAAAGCUGCUCAUAUGAUGGACACAGUUGGGAACAAGGUGGCAGCACCUGAGAUUGCGAUGAUUAAAGUGGCAGCACCAAAUAUGGCAGCACGCGUGAUAGACAGAGCAAUUCAGGCAUAUGGGGGCGCUGGUGUGUGCCAAGACUUUCCCUUGGCAGCUCUGUACAGCUGGGCCAGGAUUCUACGAAUAGCUGACGGUCCUGAUGAGGUCCACACAAGGGCAGUUGCCAGAUUUGAGUAUGUGAAAUACCUAAAACCUGGUGCUAAACUUUGAGAACAUUGGAGUUGGUGAUUUGGGAGAAGAAUUGCAGUAUCCCAUCUUGUGUGUGAUUGGGUCUCCAUUGACUGGUUUUAGCACCCUGGUGAAUAGCAUGAAAGACUGUCUAUAGAUGGUAAAGAACACAGAUGAAAUGUAUACUUUAAUACAGUUUAGAAAUUUGCUUCAAAAUAACCCAAAAUUAGGUUAAAUGAAAAUCAAAUACCUAAUACUAGUAAUUUGAUUCAUGAAGUGUAGUUGAUGUUUGAAACAGCAAUAUUUACAUAUAAACCAAUGGAACGAAUGUGUUUAUAGUGUAACGACCCUUGGUGAUAACAAGUUGCUACUACGGCCCAACUGAAGUGGCUUAAGCCUUUAUAGCUCAGUUGGUAGAGCAUCAGUCUUUUGAUCCAAGGAUUCCAGGUUCGAUUCCCACAUGGGGCGUUGAAUUCAGCACACUUUCUCUCAA